GGCUGCUAAAGAUACCGGCGCUCCGUGGUUGGCUGCGGCUUCCCCCCUUUUCGCCAUUACGUUAUGCUUACUCCACACUCGCGAGCAGCUGGAGAGAGGGAAGACGUAAUGGUUUGAUUGCCCGUGCGCUCGCUAUGCCCGUCGUCCUGACAUUACUCUGCAGAUUCCUCACACGGGAGGCGCCAUGAAGGGUUGAGGGUUUCCCCCAAACAGCUGCUGCAAGCUUAACGCCAGCGACUCAGCUCUGGCUUGUCAGGCGGGGGCAUCGUCCAUGUGGGCGUCAUGCUGCGGGCUGCUGAACGAGGUGAUGGGCACGGGCACGGUGCGGGCGCAGCAGCCGGGGUUCGGGGCCGGUGCCGGGCCCUUCCGCUUCGCCCCCAGUGCCGGGUACUCCACCUACCCCCCCACCAGCGCCGGGAGCGCCGGGCAGCUGUGCAAGGCCUGCGGACUGGCCUUCUCCGUGUUCAGACGCAAGCACAUCUGCUGCGAUUGUAAGAAGAGCUUCUGCGCCCUGUGCUCGGUGCUCCAGGAGAGCCUGCGCUGCUGCACGACCUGCCACCUGCUGCGCGGCACGGCCUUCCAGAGGCCUCGGCUCAUGCAGCUCCGGGUGAAAGACCUGCGCCAGUACCUGCUGCUGCGCAACAUCUCCACCGACACGUGCAGGGAGAAGGAGGACCUGGUGGACCUGGUGCUCUGUCACCGGGGGACGCGGGAGUCCCCGAGGCCGGUGGCGGAGGCCGAGGAGGAGGAGGAGGAGGAGGACGAGGAGGAGGAUGAGGAAGAUGAAGAGGACACACAUGAGGAGGAGGAGGACGAGGAGGAGGAAGAUGAAGGGGGAGACGACACAGACAGCCUUCACUCGCUCCCCCACUCGCUCCCGGCCGCCUCGCCCCCCCCGGCCACUCGCUCCGCCUCCGAACAGUCGGGGCUCUCGGCCUCUCCGGGAGACGUGCCGAGCCCCAGUGACAGCUCAGGGACCAGCAGCCAGGAGCAGGAGGACACUCCAACAGCGUCUCUCUUGAACCUGGAGCCGGCAGAGAAUUUCAUGGAGGUCAGUCCGGCGACACAGAGGCGGAUCAGGGCCUCGCUGUCCGAUCUGGACAACGAAGAGGCGAUAGAAAACCUCUCCGUCCGCCAGCUCAAAGAGAUCCUCGCCAGGAACUUUGUCAACUACUCCGGCUGCUGUGAGAAGUGGGAGCUGCUGGAGAGGGUGCAUCGACUCUACAGAGAGAAUGAGCAGAACAGGAAGUCCAUGGAAAACGUGAGCAUAACUGCAGACGGCGUCAAGGCUCAGCUGGCGGCGGAUGAAAACCUGUGUCGCAUCUGCAUGGACGCCUUCAUCGACUGCGUGCUGCUGGAAUGUGGUCACAUGGUCACCUGCACCAAAUGCGGGAAGCGGAUGAGCGAGUGCCCCAUCUGCAGGCAGUAUGUGGUGCGGGCCGUUCACGUCUUCAAGUCUUAAAGCUCCCCCCCCCCCCCCCCCCCCCCCCACCCC